GGUAUAGACGUAAUAUAUAAAAAUGUUGGACGGCAUUAUCGUCCAAACGGUAAAAAUGCAAUUAGGGUUUCCGUAUAUAAGUUCUUAACAUAAAACCCUUCUUCUUUGUAGUCUCCAAAGUCUCCUGCAAGAGCUCACGUAUCAAACCCUAGACAGGAGGAGAUGGCGACCGUACCAGGGCAGUUGAUCUGGGAGAUCGUGAAGAAGAAUAACAGCUUUUUGGUGAAGCAGUUUGGAAGGGGCAACGCUAAAGUUCAGUUCAGCAAAGAGAGCAACAACCUCUACAAUCUCAACUCCUUCAAGCACUCUGGGUUGGCAAACAAGAAAACUAUCACCAUUCAACCUGCUGGUAAAGAAGGUGUGUUGCUCGCAACCACCAAGACCAAGAAACAAAACAAGCCUUCUGCUUUGCUUCACAAGUCUGUUAUGAAGAAAGAGUUCCGCAGGAUGGCUGAUGCAGUUGAUAAUCAGGUAGCCAGUAACUACUACAGGCCAGAUUUAAAGAAGGCAGCCCUUUCUAGGUUGAGCGUUGUGCACAGGAGCCUCAAGGUUGCCAAGUCUGGUGUCAAGAAGAGGAAUAGACAGGUUGUGAAGGUUCAUGCCCGGACGUGAGAGCCAAAGAAUAGACAGACUAUGAAAGUUCCAUGAUCAGAAGAAGUGAGAGUCAGAGAGGGUUGAUUAAUUACAGUGUGCUUUUCCUAAUUUUGAGACUUUUUUAUAUUUGAUCGUUGGAUUUGGCUUGGUGCUAUCUUUUUGUUAACGUUAGAUAUUGAGUUUAUUCAAUAGCAGUAUCUUUUGGUCCAAA